AUGGCAGAUGCUGAUGAUCUUGUCUAUGAUGGCUAUGAGGACUCGAUGGAUGAAUAUUCCGAUCUGGGUGAUGGAGAAUACGACGAUAUUGAGGAUGGUACCAGUGUCGUUGGCGACAUGAACGGUGAUGAUGACAUUGACGAUGACGAUGACGAUGACUUUGACAUUAUGUCUGAUGAUGGUAUGUUUGUUGAUCAGACCAUACCUGUUACGCAAGAACGCAAGAAGUCGUACGAAGUAGACUUCAAGUCGCUGACCAUCGAGGGCCUGGAGGCAGCACAGCACAAAGAAGUGGAACAUAUUUCGCUUAUGUUUGUAAUACCCACAAGCGAUGCUGCGGUGCUUUUGCGCCACUUCCAAUGGAACAAAGAGCGCUUGAUUGAACGCUACAUGGACUCGCCCGAAGAGGUGAAAUGGGAAGCGGGCAUCGCCGAUAAUCCCAACUGUCCGAAGCAUAUUGAACUCGAGAAUUUCACGUGCGACGUAUGUUUCAUGUCCGGCGAAGACUAUGGCGGCAAGAUCGAGACGGUAUCGCUUCCAUGCGGCCAUCGAUACUGCAUCGAUUGUUACAAACACUACGCGGAGCAAAAGGUGCGCGAAGAAGGCGAAAGCCGUCGGAUCCAGUGCAUGAACGAGAAAUGCAAACUGAUCGUUGACGAACUAACGAUGAGUAUUAUUUUGACUCCCGCGACGAUGGAGCGAUAUAGGCUUCUUCUCGAUCGUACCUAUGUGGACGAUAACAAUACGCUACGUUGGUGCCCCGCGCCUGACUGCGAGCUUGCAGUCGAGUGCCACGUCACGCCAAAACAGCUGCACGCCAUUGUACCCUCUGUUCAUUGCGACAAGCAGCAUUGGUUCUGUUUUGGAUGCGCGGAAGCCGCGCACCAGCCUGUUAUUUGCGCCAUCGUCAAGCGCUGGCUCAAAAAAUGCCAAGAUGACAGCGAGACGGCCAACUGGAUCAGUGCAAAUACCAAAGAGUGCCCCAAGUGCGCUUCCACCAUCGAAAAGAGCGGCGGGUGCAAUCACAUGACGUGUCGCAAGUGCAAGUACGAGUUUUGCUGGAUCUGUUCGGGGCCCUGGUCUGAGCAUGGAAAUAGCUGGUAUCAUUGCAACCGCUUUGACGAAAAAGCAAGCUCGGGUGCGCGCGAUACACAGGCCAAGAGCCGGGUAUCGUUGGAGCGGUACUUGCACUACUUCAACCGUUUUGCCAACCACGAGCAAUCCGCGCGUCUAGAUCAGGAUUUGUAUGGGCGCAUUGAGAAGAAAAUGGAUGAAGUUCAAGUCACCUCUGACCUGUCUUGGAUUGAGGUGCAGUUUUUGAAAAAAGCUGCCGAUACGCUCACGGAAUGCCGCAUGACUCUGAAAUGGACAUACUGCAUGGCCUACUAUCUUGAACGCAACAACAUGACCGAAUUAUUUGAAGACAACCAGUGCGAUUUGGAGCGUGCUGUCGAAGAACUUUCUGGGCAAUUGGAACGGCCGAUCGACUGCGAUACUAUUCCUGCGAUGCGGCAAAAGGUCACUGAUCUUACUGUCUAUGUACAGAAGCGCCGCGAUAUUCUUCUCUCUGAUACGGCCAAUGGCUACCAAGAAGACCGGUGGCGUUGGAAUGUGGAUACGUAG